GAGGGAGAGAGCGUGUAAAACUAAAACCCCUCGGUUCCCUCUAUCCUCUCUUGUAUUUGUAUUUCCAAUCUUAAAACCCCCACGACAAGAAGAGACGGUUCUCAUUUCUUACAUGCUCUGCUUAACUGCAAAUUAGUAGAGAUUGCUAUUAAAGAUUAUCAAUGGCAUCCCUUUCUUUUACUCAUUUUCUCUCACUUUCCAGGUGGAACUCGAAUUCAAUUUAUUACCCUGCGCCCAAUUUAGUGCAACCUCAGGAUUUCUGGUUGCAGAAUAAAUGGUGUCUCUCAGCCAAGAAAAAUGGUGCCAUUUCAACUCAAGAGGAACCCAGUGAAAAUGGGGCAGUUGUCAAAAAGAAGGCUUCUAGAACCACUAGACGAACUCCUACACGAACUAGGAAGAAAGCAAAAGAUGAUGUGCCUGAGGAAAACUCUGAAUUGGUGGUAAAAAAUCAUGCUGCUAAGGAGGAAAGCACGUCAAGAUCAAGUGAAGCUAAUAAGAAAACACAAAGGUCUAGAAAGAAAGUGGCAUCAGCUUCUACUAGUGUUGAUGAACAGAAAACUGAGAAAAAGGUGAGGAGGAGAAGGACUAAAAAGAAGGAUGAUAGUAUGGAAGAGCAACAAAGUGAAUCUGAAAUUAGUGACAUAGAGGACUCUACUUUAAUGACAAAUUCGGGUGAUGAGAGUGAGGAAGACCUUGAAUUGCAUAUAGAUGAAGGGGAAGAUAUUAGUUACACAUAUGGCUGGCCUCCACUUGUUUGUUGCUUUGGAGCUGCACAGCAUGCUUUUGUUCCCUCAGGAAGACCAGCCAACAGACUUGUAGAUUAUGAAAUCCAUGAGAGAAUGAAGGAUGCUAUAUGGGCCGCAGAAAAAUUUGUUAGGGCACCUGGGGGAUCUGCUGGCAGUGUUGCUCUUGCUCUUGCAAGCCUGGGUGGUAAAGUUGCUUUUAUGGGAAAACUUGGCGAUGAUGACUAUGGCCAGGCCAUGCUAUGCUAUUUAAAUGUGAACAAUGUUCAAACACGAUCACUUCUAAUUGAUAGUAGAAGGGCAACGGCUGUAUCACAGAUGAAAGUUAGUAAAAGAGGACGCUUGAGAAUGACCAGUCUCAGAUCAUGUGCAGAGGAUUCUCUGUCCAAGUCUGAGAUCAAUAUUGAUGUGCUGAAAGAGGCAAAGAUGUUCUAUUUCAGCACACAUUCUCUGCUUGAUCGAAACAUGAGAUCAACUACAUUGAAAGCCAUCAAGAUGUCAAAGAAAUUAGGAGGGGUUAUUUUCUAUGACGUAAACCUUCCACUGCCACUGUGGCAGUCUGAUGAAGAGACCAAGAUUUUCAUACAAGAAGCAUGGAACCUUGCUGAUGUUAUUGAGGUUACUAAGCAAGAACUGGAGUUUCUCUGUGGAAUCAAGCCUACUGAAGAAUUUGACACCAAGAACAAUGCCAGAUCAAAAUUUAUCCAUUAUGAUCAUGAAGUGGUCGAACCACUCUGGCAUGAAAACCUUAAGGUUUUGUUUGUAACAAAUGGGACUUCCAAGAUACACUAUUACACAAAGGAGCAAAAUGGUGCAGCGCAUGGGAUGGAGGAUGCUCCCAUAACCCCUUUCACUUGCGAUAUGUCAGCAUCUGGAGAUGGCAUUGUUGCAGCUCUCCUGAGAAUGUUGACAGUUCAGCCAGAUCUCAUUACAGAUAAAGGAUACUUAGAAUGCACAAUCAAGUAUGCAAUUGACUGUGGGGUCAUAGACCAAUGGCUAGUUGCACGCACACGUGGCUUCCCUCCAAGGGAAGGUAUAGAAAAGGAAGGAGAAGAAGAAGAAGCAGUUCCUGAUUUAAAUGGCAUAAGAUCAGUAACAGAAAGGGAAUAUCGCACAUUGGUGGAGUCUGGAACUGGGUGGAGGGGGGGUUGGGUGAGCUUUGCAAUUCAGGAAGCUUUCAAUCCCUAAUCUCAACCCUUUGUUUAUUUAUUUUUAAUGUGGGGAAGGGUAAUUCAAAUUUACUCUCUGAGUAAGGAAUACAUGCAUCUACCAUUGAGCCAAAGAUUCGGAUGCUGACGACCCUUAAUAUUAGGAGAUGCCAUAAGUGUGAAAAUAUUCUUCGGUGGGAACCGGGAAGCCUCUAAUAAGUUUCAUGUCAGGAUGCUCUUAGCUUAUGUUGUAGAGUAACUAUCAGAUAAUCAAUGAUAAUAAUUCCUGCACACACAAAACAAAUGAUAUCAAUUAUUCCAGCUGCUCUAUUCUGUAUUAUGUGCAUAAAGAACAGCUUUUAUGAUGUAGAAUAGUUCAGUAUCUGUACAUUUAUGACUGAGAAAGGCUUUUAUUUGGCAUCUUACAAAGAUGCGUCACACAAUUCCGAAGUAAUCAUUGAUUAUAUUUCGUCU